AUGGAUUGGAUUCACAAAUCUACUCCUUGUAUGGAAGCUUCGAAUUUAGCAAACUCGGUUCAAGGAAAUGCUCCUCUUCAGCGACUGGGGAGACUUGUUUCCCGUUCUUCGCUAACGGAUGUAGACAUGGACCUUAGUGAAGUCUAUUUCCUGAUUUUGCAUUUUCUUUCUACCAGCCCCUGCGAACAAACUUUUGCGCACCUGAGAGAUGAAAUUUUGGAAAAAGGGCUUUUGCCCCGUAGAUAUCAUUCUUGGUGUUCAAGAAGUGGCCUUUGCAGUGGGCGUGCUGACGAUGAUGGCAUCUCCCUCCCGUUGAGCUAUGAUAACUUGGUCGAGAGGUAUUCUCAUAUCGAAAAGGAUCACUUGGUGAAGCUUCUCAAACAACUAAUUUUAAAUCCACCUUUUCCUUCACACAUGAGAGUUGGCGGAAAUACUCCUAAUGCAGCUGAUGUUCCAACACUAUUGGGAUCUGGCACCUUUUCACUUGUCAAUCAUAAAGAUAUGGAGUACCAGAAAGCUAGGCAUGUUGCGUCCUACUUACGCUGGCCACAUAUGCAUGCCGAUCAAGUGCGUGGCCUGAGUCUCAGAGAAAUUGGAGGAGGUUUCAGGAAGCACCACCGUGCACCGUCCAUUCUUUCAGCAUGUCAUGCAAUAGCAAAACCAUCAACAAUGGUUCAAAAGAUGCAGAACAUAAAAAAGCUCAGAGGACAUCGUAAUGCUGUUUACUGCGCUAUAUUUGAUCGUUCUGGAAGAUAUGUUAUCACGGGUUCUGAUGACCGGCUUGUCAAAAUUUGGUCAAUGGAAACUGCACUUUGCUUGGCUAGCUGCCGCGGGCAUGAAGGUGAUAUUACAGACUUGGCCGUCAGUUCUAACAAUGCUUUGGUGGCAUCAGCUUCAAACGAUUUUGUGAUUCGAGUGUGGAGGUUGCCUGAUGGAAUGCCAAUUUCUGUAUUGCGGGGACAUACUGGAGCUGUUACUGCGAUUGCAUUCAGUCCCAGACAAGCCUCUGUUUACCAACUUUUAUCAUCAUCAGAUGAUGGAACCUGUCGUAUAUGGGAUGCUAGGUACUCUCAAUGGCUUCCACGAAUCUAUGUUCCAAGUCCAUCGGAUGCUGGAAAAAGCAAUUUUACAUCUUCUAACGCGGCAUCUACGAGCAAUGCAUCUCAGAGUCAUCAAAUACUAUGUUGUGCGUACAAUGCUAAUGGAACCAUAUUCGUCACGGGUAGCUCUGACAGCAAUGCGAGGGUUUGGAGUGCCUCAAAACCUAACGUGGAUGAUGCUGAACAGCCGACUCAUGAGCUGGAUGUCCUACGUGGCCAUGAGAAUGAUGUCAACUAUGUGCAAUUUAGUGGUUGUGCAGUGGCUCCAAGAUCUUCAACAGCUGAUACUCUGAAGGAAGAUAGUUACCCAAAGUUUAAAAAUUCCUGGUUUUGUCAUGACAACAUAGUAACCUGCUCUCGUGAUGGUAGUGCUAUUAUAUGGACUCCAAGAUCACGUAAAUUCCAUGGGAAAUCUGGACGUUGGAUGAAAGGAUAUCAUCUGAAGGUUCCACCUCCUCCACUUCCUCCACAACCUCCUCGAGGAGGGCCACGUCAAAGGUUUCUUCCAACACCUCGGGGGGUCAAUAUGAUUAUAUGGAGUUUGGACAAUCGUUUCGUACUUGCAGCUAUCAUGGAUUGCAGGAUUUGUGUUUGGAAUGCGGCUGAUGGUAGCUUAGUGCAUUGCUUAACAGGUCACAGUGAAUCGUCGUAUGUUUUGGAUGUCCAUCCUUUCAAUCCUCGAAUUGCGAUGAGUGCUGGCUAUGAUGGGAAAACAAUCAUCUGGGAUAUAUGGGAGGGUAUACCAGUCAAAGUAUACGAAAUUGGGCGAUUUAAGUUGGUUGAUGGAAAGUUUUCACAGGAUGGGACAUCUAUUGUGCUUUCAGAUGAAGUUGGCCAGAUAUACUUCCUUAACACAGGACAAGGAGAAUCUCAAAAAAAUGCAAAAUACGAUCAGUUCUUCCUCGGUGAUUAUCGUCCUCUUAUUCGAGAUACCAAUGGACAUGUUCUUGAUCAGGAGACGCAGCUUCUUCCCCAUCGGAGAAACCUUCAGGAUCUUCUUUGUGAUUCAAGUAUGAUUCCAUAUCCAGAACCUGACCAGACAAUGUUUCAGCAGCGCCGACUUGGUGCAUUAGGAGUUGAAUGGCGUCCUUCCUCGAUAAAGUUUUCUGUGGGCCCUGAUUUUAGUUUAGGUCAAGAUUAUAUUAUGCCUCCUUUGGCAGAUCUGGAUAGAUUGAUCGAGCCACUGCCUGAGUUUAUAGAUGCUUUGUACUGGGAACCAGAACAUGAAGUUCUGAGUGACGACAAUGAUUCGGAGUACAAUGCGGAAGUAUCUUCUGAUGGAGCUAGGGCAAGCCCAUGUUCCAACUCUUCAAAUGAACUUGAGUGCAGUUCCGAGGACAGUGACGUUGAAAAGAGUCACGAAAAUAGCUAUCAUCGGAAAAGAAGAAGAAAACAUCCUAGAGCUGAGGUCGCAACUUCAUCUGCAAGGCGUGAUAAGAGGAUUUUGGAUGAAACUGAUAGCUUCAAAAUUGGAAAUAAGAGAACCAAGAACCGAAGUAUUGGCGUGAAGGCUUCAAAAAGAAAAUAUUCUGAUGUCAAGGCAUCACGACCGCAAAGAGCAGCUGCCCAAAAUGCUCGAUCCUUGCUUUCAAAAAUUUCUGGAAGCUCUUCGGAUGAAGUUGAUGACGAUAAUUAUUCAUCCAGUAGUGAAUCUGAUAGAAGUGUACCCCCUUUACAACAGUUGGCAAGACCAUCUCAGAUGCUGGAAUCUCUUUCAAAUGACAAACAGAAGCGGAGAUUGAUCGUAAAGAUUCCUUUUAAGAAGCCAACAGAGGCUGUGGACAGCAAGAGAGAUGUAAUGAAUCAAGCUGCUUUGGAGAAUAUUUCUUCUAAAUCUUUGGAGGAGGAUCACAGAGUGAUUGGAACAUACUCCAGAGAACCUGGGUCAAGUUCUGUAGAUGCAAAAGGUGGCUCAGGGUGUCAGGAUAUGCCCCAUUCUAUGAAUACGCCACAGAGAGAACUGGCAGAGGAUCAGCUGAUAAAAGCUUCGGAUCAGGACCAGAAUAUUUGCAAGUGGAGGGAAGACAUUCCUGUUUGUGAAUCCACCGAGUUAACUGCGUCUGGGAACAUUGAAGAAGCCCAAACAUUUAACGGGGACGAAGAUCUGUCAAGAGUUGAACCAUUGUCUGGUCAGUUGAGACAUUGUAGUAAAGAUACCUCCAUGGAAGCUGAGGAGAUUCUUCCAAAGAAAGUUCGACGACUGAGAUUAAAGCUUCGGAAUCCCAGCAGUCCUGUAAAACUAGAGCCUGAUGAAGUAGCAGAUGAUUUGACAGACGAUUUUGCAUCCAUAGCUCCCUCUUCCAUGAAUCCGAUUAUGGAUUCUGAACCUGAUAAUGAUAGAUACUCUCCUGCACAUGACUUUGAGUUUGACGAAGUUACAGCCGAUGUGAUACGCAGGAAGAGAUCUAUGAGACUGAAGGCCACUUCAAGUGAAUGUAGUGCAAGAAAUAGUGUAUUACGUGCGAGGCUGGGCUCUGGAUCUGUAGAUAAGGCAAAGAAACAGGGAAUUCGUUCGACAAGCGUGUAUGAUGGUGCAGCACUUGAAGAAUGGCCUUCUACUUCAAAAGCUGGGUCUCGGUCAAGAUCUGCAAACGCUGGCACCAGCAAACAAAGUCUCAAUGCUGGGACUAUGUUGGAUAAUGUCUCAAGAAAAAUCUCAUGGUUAAUGUUGUCAGAACACGAGGAAGGCUGCCGUUAUAUACCCCAGCUAGGGGAUGAAGUUGUUUACUUCAAGCAGGGUCAUCAAGAGUUCCUUGAAAGUAGAGAUUUAAAUGACAGGGACCGAUCGAGGUACCUUCCUCGAAACCUAGGAGCGGUAGAGAUAUGCAAAGUCGAGAAACUCAACUACGAUACGUAUCCUGGUUCUGGAGAGAGCUGCUGCAAAAUGACCCUCAGGGUUCUGGAUUCUUCUUCAUCACAUGCCUCCCGAAAAGAGUUCCAACUAACACUUCCUGACCUGAUUAAUUGCCCUGAUUUUAUUGUGGAGAGGACUCGAUAUGAGGCUGCAAUAAAAACAAACUGGGAGAUCGGUGAUGAAUGCCGGGUGUGGUGGAGAGAUGAAUCCGGCGAAGGCGGUGCUUGGUGGGAAGGUAGGAUCGAGUCUUCACAAGUGAAAUCCGCUGACUUCCCAGACAGUCCAUGGGAAAGAUACAAAGUUGUCUAUGAAACUGGGGACACAAAUCUCCACAGCCCCUGGGAGUUUGACAAUCCACAGUUUCCUUGGGAAAACUCAAGUAUGGACGAAACGACAAGAGAGAAACUACUUUCUUUAUUUGCUGGACUAGUCAAAUCAAUCAGCAAGCAUCAGGAUAGUUAUGGAAUCCAAAAGCUAAACGAAGCUGCUCAAAAGAUGGAUUUCUGCAAUAGGUUCCCAGUUCCUUUAUACCCAGAGUUGAUACACCAGAGACUAGAGAAUCAGUACUACAGAAGUGUUGGAUCGUUUAAACACGACAUGGACGCAAUGCUCUCAAACGCUGAAUCUUAUUUCACAACAAACGCACAGAUGCCUUCUAAGAUCAAGCGACUCCGAGAUAAAGUCACUAAAACUUUAAGAAAGGCGUUACAAAGUUGA